GGAAGGGCGAAUAGAGAAAGAGUCAUCGUUGGUUGAUUACUUAGGUAUUGUGCACACACAUCUGUAUCAUCUGUACCUCCCAGACAAGCCCAGGUCCCAAGGUACCUUCCUACAUAAACUACAUAAACUACAUACAUAAAAAGUCAUCCAGACAAAAACAUAACCCUAGCAGAUACAUGCGGUACCUUACCUUACCUGCCAAAAUUAUGUUACAGCUAUGUACAGUGUCAGCCAGGCCAAGGAGUACAAAAAAAAAGGUAUCGUACGAAACAUUUCCAAGGGUGCUAGAAUAUAUCAUCCACUACAUCCCGCCUCUUGUCUCCUUCUCAAUCUUCAAAAAAUUUCCAAGCUCGAAGAUUUAUUUAUUGUCGACCAAUUCAGCUGUGUCUCUUCCUAGCCUAGCAUCUUCGAAUCUUCGAAUCUUCGAAUUUUAUAUUGCAUGAUAUCUUCAUGAAACUUGCCUAGUAGACGUUCAUCUUAUAAAUCUGCUUGAACAUUCAAUCGUUACCUACACUACGAACGAUUG